AUGAGUCAGAGGACCAAAAACCCUGAAUCUAUGUACACUUGGAAACAAAUGAUGAGUAAUAAAUUGCUAUCGACAAUGCUGAACACUACGGCUCUUAAGGAAGCGGCCGUCCGGGGAUUGAACGGCUACAAUUGUGAUGCUUACACGCCAUGUCCCAUACGAAAGGAUAGCUUGCAAACGAUUAUAAACAGUUUUUCCAUGUUAACUAAUUUGAAACUU